AAAAACGGGCAUGAACGAAGGCUUUCUCUAGAAGGGAUACAACUUUUGUCAAAAUUGACUUUAUGUAUCAGGUUUACGAGAAUUUACGCAGCAGAUUAGGAUAAUUAACGGAUCAGGUCCGGAGAAUUAGGUCAAGGUUAGGAAAAUAGUUAAGGUUAGGGUUAGCGAAAACCUCCUUUUGAGGUCAAAUUCGAGAAAAACUGUAUCCCAUCUAGACAUGACCAUUGACGAGGUGGUUCUAACCUGCGGGUAUCCACACGAUUGAAUAAGACAACAUCCUCUGAAAGCGAAUUGGACGACAUUUUCCCUUUCUCCGCCCAUCUUGUAUUCGUAAAACCCUCACUGGCUGAGGGCGCAGUCACUCAAUAGUCGACGGGGUUGCUAUGGGCUUCGGUUUAUGAGGGCAGAGAGAUUUGAUUUCUACUGGGCCACCUUUAUUGCAAGAAAUUGACAGUGACGCUCGCUAAUUUUGAAUUUCCACUUGAAUUCAAGCAACUUCGAAUAGCCAUGGUCACGAAGAAAAACCCACGAGGACAGAAACUGAAAGAGGGCAAAGCACAGCUAGCCAGUAAGAAUGGCAAGAAGCCUGAGGGAGCAGGUGGAAGCUCCUUCUUCACCUGGUUCAUGGUGUUGGCCCUCCUGGGGGUCUGGACCUCCGUGGCCGUCGUCUACUUCGACCUGGUCGACUACCAAGGCACCAUCGCCAAGGCAAAGGACAUGCACAGUACCCUCUCUGAGACACUGCAAGGUAAACUUUCGUCCUAUGACGCCGAUGGAGAUGGUGACUUCGAUGUGGAGGAUGCUAAAGUAUUACUAGGCCUGACCAAAGAUGGCAGUCAGGAAAGUUCGGACUCCCUCGAGGAGGUCCUGGAUAUGUUAGCGGAGGAGGGCUCUGAUUGGUUUCAAGGCUUCUUCACCUUCCUCUAUGGCCUCAUAAACCCGUUUGAACCAUUUGAGGAUGAGGAGGGAACAGCGGAGGAGGAGGAAGAAAGUGCUGGCACUUCUCAGACUGACGAGGUUCUGCGAAAGGGUUGUGUGAUCUUAGGUCUCCACAACCAGUAACCAGUAGCCAUAUCCCUCUUGGUAUGAGGUCCCAACUUGUUGCUCCUUUAGACUUGUUUCCCAUUGCUUGAGGAGCAAGCGUUUGUGGAAAACCCCUCCUUAAAAUCACCAAUCCCUAGUAGAAUACUUCUUAAAGGGUUUUAUCAUGGCACAGUCAACCCCUCAAGCCUUUUUGAAGAUUUCCUAUAGAGGGACGAAGACUAUGCCUUCAAGAUUUUUGGAGCACUUUCCAGACUGAAUAAUGCUUUUCUAGGAUAUGUGCAUUUCCACUGAGAAGACUGCUUGCAAUACCCAGCAAACUACGAACUUAUGCAAUGAACAGUUGCACUUUGACAACAGAUGAUUGUCUCCUUUUUCCAACCACAGUACUGCAUGCACUAGGGUCCUAACCAUAGCACAUAUUUAUCCACUUAGGAAUUAUAUUUGUAUUUUUUUUAACUUGAGUUGUUCAUCAUUCCGUGUUAGUUUUAUGAAGCUUGUUGCAGUGUAUUCCCUCAUUAUGGUAUUUCUUUGUCUCUUGUCCGUGUUCGUUUAUUGAAGCUUGUUGAAGUGUAUUCCCUCAUUAUGAUAUUUCUUUGUCUCUUGUCUGUGUUCGUUUAUUGAAGCUUGUUGAAGUGUAUUUCCUCAUUAUGAUAUUUCUUUGUCUCUUGUCCGUGUUCGUUUAUUGAAGCUUGUUGAAGUGUAUUCCCUCAUUAUGAUAUUUCUUUGUCUCUUGUCCGUGUUCGUUUAUUGAAGCUUGUUGAAGUGUAUUCCCUCAUUAUGAUAUUUCUUUGUCUCUUGUCUGUGUUAGUUUAUUGAAGCUUGUUGAAGUGUAUUCCCUCUAUGAUAUUUCUUUGUCUCUUGUCUGUGUUAGUUUAUUGAAGCUUGUUGAAGUGUAUUUCCUCAUUAUGAUAUUUCUUUGUCUCUUGUGUCUGUGUUAGUUUAUUGAAGCUUGUUGAAGUGUAUUCCCUCUAUGAUAUUUCUUUGUCUCUUGUCUGUGUUCGUUUAUUGAAGCUUGUUGAAGUGUAUUUCCUCAUUAUGAUAUUUCUUUGUCUCUUGUCCGUGUUCGUUUAUUGAAGCUUGUUGAAGUGUAUUCCCUCAUUAUGAUAUUUCUUUGUCUCUUGUCCGUGUUCGUUUAUUGAAGCUUGUUGAAGUGUAUUCCCUCAUUAUGAUAUUUCUUUGUCUCUUGUCUGUGUUAGUUUAUUGAAGCUUGUUGAAGUGUAUUUCCUCAUUAUGAUAUUUCUUUGUCUCUUGUCUGUGUUAGUUUAUUGAAGCUUGUUGAAGUGUAUUCCCUCUAUGAUAUUUCUUUGUCUCUUGUCUGUGUUAGUUUAUUGAAGCUUGUUGAAGUGUAUUUCCUCAUUAUGAUAUUUCUUUGUCUCUUGUCUGUGUUAGUUUAUUGAAGCUUGUUGAAGUGUAUUCCCUCUAUGAUAUUUCUUUGUCUCUUGUCCGUGUUCGUUUAUUGAAGCUUGUUGAAGUGUAUUCCCUCAUUAUGAUAUUUCUUUGUCUCUUGUCUGUGUUAGUUUAUUGAAGCUUGUUGGAAGUGUAUUUCCUCAUUAUGAUAUUUCUUUGUCUCUUGUCUGUGUUAGUUUAUUGAAGCUUGUUGGAAGUGUAUUUCCUCAUUAUGGUAUUUCUUUGUCUCUUGUCUGUGUUAGUUUAUUGAAGCUUGUUGGAAGUGUAUUUCCUCAUUAUGGUAUUUCUUUGUCUCUUGUCUGUGUUAGUUUAUUGAAGCUUGUUGGAAGUGUAUUUCCUCAUUAUGGUAUUUCUUUGUCUCUUGUCUGUGUUAGUUUAAUGAAGCUUGUUGGAAGUGUAUUUCCUCAUUAUGGUAUUUCUUUGUCUCUUGUCUGUGUUAGUUUAUUGAAGCUUGUUGGAAGUGUAUUUCCUCAUUAUGAUAUUUCUUUGUCUCUUGUCUGUGUUAGUUUAUUGAAGCUUGUUGGAAGUGUAUUUCCUCAUUAUGAUAUUUCUUUGUCUCUUGUCUGUGUUAGUUUAUUGAAGCUUGUUGGAAGUGUAUUUCCUCAUUAUGAUAUUUCUUUGUCUCUUGUCUGUGUUAGUUUAAUGAAGCUUGUUGGAAGUGUAUUUCCUCAUUAUGAUAUUUCUUUGUCUCUUGUCUGUGUUAGUUUAUUGAAGCUUGUUGGAAGUGUAUUUCCUCAUUAUGGUAUUUCUUUGUCUCUUGUCUGUGUUAGUUUAUUGAAGCUUGUUGGAAGUGUAUUUCCUCAUUAUGAUAUUUCUUUGUCUCUUGUCUGUGUUAGUUUAUUGAAGCUUGUUGGAAGUGUAUUUCCUCAUUAUGGUAUUUCUUUGUCUCUUGUCUGUGUUAGUUUAUUGAAGCUUGUUGGAAGUGUAUUUCCUCAUUAUGGUAUUUCUUUGUCUCUAGGAUUAUUAUUCAUUUUCCAUGUUUGUUGGUUUUUAAACGUCUUCGGGAGCUAUUUGUCCCCGUAUUUCCA